AUGGCAUACCAGCAACCACCGCCAGGCCGUUGGAACCAGCCCGGCGACGUCUCGCCCAUUGACGAUGCCGGCGACGACGUUCCGCCACCACCGCCCGCGCAUCGCCAGCCUGUAGGCAUGCACCCGGACAGUCAAUUCCGACAAGAACACGGCCAGCGACAGUAUGUUGAUCCCAACAACUACUCCGACUACUCGAUGCCCGGCGUGACACCCGGCUCCGACAACCUGAGCGAGCGAGGCGUUGACGGCUGGGGAAGCCCUCAAGCACGUCCAAUGGGUGUGCCCGAGCGAGGUGUCCCAGCAACGCCCUUCAGCGACCACCACGCCUACGACCAGCCCACCCCGCCAAGAGCCAUGUACUCGCAGCGCUCUUACGGCUCAGGCGCACCUCUUAUGGCUGGCUCAGCUGGAAUGUACUCGAGUAGCAGCUCAAUGCACAGCGGGCCCCCGGCACCUCAGGGCAUCCCGUACUCAGACAAUCCCUACAACCGCUACUCGUCGACCCACCUCGACCUCGCCCGCGACAUGGGCACCAUCAACCCCAACGAAGUCGCUGACGAUGAUGACUGGGGCAUGGGCCCCAACUCGCCACAGACCAAGGAGAACAAGCGACGCUCUUUCUUGCCCAUGGGUGCGUCACGAGACGGCAGCCGCAAUGGAUCACCAGGUUCCUCGAUAAACGCUGGAGUCGCUGGCGUCGGUGCUGCCGCCGCCGCCGGAGGUGCAUAUGCCGCAACACGCGACGACAGCGGCAAAUACAAUGCUGUGCCUACCAUCGCCGGCAGCAACAGCAGCAACCCAGAACUCCUCCAGGAGAAGGCCGCAUGGCAAAAGGCUGACCACAGGAAGCGCAAGAAGAGGAUGUGGAUUGCCAUCAUCGUCAUCGCCGUCAUCCUGCUCGGCGCCAUUCUCGGCGGUGUGCUCGGCGCACUGCUGAACAAGGGUGGCAGUCACAGCGGAAAGAACGGCAGCGCACAGUCUGCAAACGACGUUGCCAACGACAACAAGAACGACCUCGGCAUUAACUCGGACGAAAUCAAGAAGCUGAUGAACAACCAAAAUCUGCACAAGGUGUUCCCGGGCAUGGACUACACUCCUCUCAACUCUCAGUAUCCCGAUUGUAUGCAUGUUGGACCUUCGCAGAACAACAUUACCCGUGACAUGGCUGUCAUGUCGCAACUGACAAACUCCGUCCGAUUGUACGGAACCGACUGCAACCAGACGCAGAUGCUCAUCCACGCUAUCGAACGCCUCGAGAUCAAGGACACGAUGAAGAUCUGGCUUGGUGUAUGGCUAGACAGCAACGACACUACCACCCAACGACAGAUUGACCAGACAUGGACGAUCCUCGACGAUUACGGCUGCGACUACUUCAAGGGCAUCAUCAUUGGUAACGAGGUUCUAUAUCGGAAGGACAUGAGCGCGACCGAGUUGCUUGGGCACGUAUCAGACUUCAGAAAGAACAUCACUGCCCACAAGUGCGAUUUGCCUGUCGCUAUGGCCGAUCUCGGCGACAACUGGACCAGCGACAUGGCUACCAAGGUCGAUAUUGUCAUGUCCAACGUACAUCCUUUCUUCGCGGGAGUCGACGUCAAGCAAGCUGCCGGCUGGACCUGGAACUUUUGGAACACGCACGACGUCGCCCUGACCGCAAGCAGCCAGAAUAUUAAGCAAGUCAUUGCUGAGGUUGGAUGGCCUUCGGGCGGUGGUACCAGCUGUGGUGGUGCUGAUAAAUGCACUGGAGGCUCCGUGGCUGGUGUUGAUGAGCUCAACCAGUUCAUGGAGGACUGGGUUUGCCCCAGCAUGAAGAACGGGACUGAGUACUUUUGGUUUUCCGCAUUCGAUGAACCUUGGAAAGACCGAUACAACUCACCCGGCAAAAAUUGGGAAGAUAAAUGGGGUCUCAUGGACAUUGAUCGCAACAUGAAGCCCGGUCUGAAGAUCCCCGACUGUGCCGGGCAGUCACUACCAUCAUUUUAA